UUUUACUCGUAACUACAUCAUAUAGUUUAUCACAAAUACUUCCGGGGAAAAAAUGACCGCGCUAAAAUUUAUUUUGAUUUUUAUCAUUGGAGAUUUCAUCAAAAAUGUGAUGUUGUUUAAUCCAAUGUUAACGUAUACGAUACGUUUUAAAAAAGCUAUCGUACAACCGAGUAGCUUUGGGAAUUUAACCAUCGACCAAUACAGAGGAAUACAAUAUCUUAAUGGACAUUUUACAGUGCCUUCGACAUCAACAAUCACCAAAAUGGUCGCCAUUUUCUAUCGUUGUGAUUCUGAUGGCAUUAACUGUGAAUACUUUCAAACGUGGAAAAUGACUGACCUCUGCUCUAAAAUGAAAGAAGAGAACCAAGUAUGGUCCCGUUGGUACGGUUCGUUUCAUCCACCAUUAGUUUGUCCAUUCGAUAAAAUUCAUUACCAAAUGAUAAAUGGAACUUAUGAUGUUGGCUUAGUAUUUGCAUUGUAUCCUCAAGUAACUGAUUACCAAUGGAGAAUUAUUCAAAAGUUCUACGAUAAUGAUUCAUAUAUCAGUAGUAUCAUCCUGGAAUUUAUGUAUUUCGGGUACAGAAAAAAAAUCAAGUUUAUUCUAUAA